AUGGGUGCGUCUGCUUCUACUUCUGCUUCUUCUUCCCAAGUGAAAUAUGAAAUUUUCAUCAGAUUUAGAGGUUCAGACAUCAGAUUUGGUUUUCUCAACAAUUUGACAACGGCGUUGCGUGGAAAGCAGAUGGAUGUCUAUGUGGAUGACAGGCUUGAGAGAGGGGAUGAAAUAUCCUUGGCACUUGAGGGAGCCAUAGAAGGAUCAAAGAUUGCGUUGGCAGGGAAUCAACAGAUUGUGAUUCCAAUUUUUUACGAUGUAGAUCCAACAGAUGUCAGGCAUCAAAAAGGCACUUAUGCAAAAUCAUUUAAUGAUCAUGGACAGAGGUUCAAGGAUAACAUGGACAAGUUGAAAAUGUGGAGAUCUGUCUUGAAGAAAACCACAGCCUUAUCUGGUCAUCAUUCAUCAAAAUUUCAAAAUGAAUUACAGCUCAUUGAUGCAAUAGUCCAAGGUGUCCUAAUAAAAUUGGAAGAUAACAACGCAGAUGUGCCAAAAUCCCAGAUUGUUGGAUUCGAUCAAAAUCUCACCAGUGUUGAAUCAUUAAUGAAAACUACAUCACAAGAAGUUCAAGUUCUUGGUAUUUGGAGUGUUGGUGGGAUAGGCAAAACAACCCUGGCUCGAGCUACAUUUGACAAAUUCUCUUCUCAAUUUGAAAGCUGUUGCUUCAUAGAAAAUGUGAGAGAGGAAUCAACAAGGAUCAAUGGUUUGAAUUAUUUACGUCAAAAGCUUCUUGCUAAGCUAUUAGACCAAGAUGAAGACCUCCCCAUAAAUAUGAACGAUGCAAGGAGAAGGCUGUCGCGGAAAAAAGUCUUGAUUGUGCUUGAUGAUGUGUCCAAUUCAAAGCAAUUAAAAGAUCUAGCUGGACAACAACCUUACUUGGGACCUGGCAGUAGAGUAAUUAUAACAAGUAGAGAUAAUCAUGUUUUUAGGAGUGUAGAGAUUCAUGAUGAAUUUUGA